CUAAAGAGAGGCUGUUUACCAGAAGAGCAUAACAAGGGCAGGUCUGACUGCAAGGCUGGGAACCAGAGGCAGAGCUGCCACCAAGGGGACCCUAGCUGGACCCUGGUUGGUCAGUCACCUGCAGGACGAAGGAAGUGAGGAUGCUGUUGGCCUGCGUGCAAACAAUCCUUGUCAGCAACAUGCUCCUGGCAGAAGCCUAUGGAUCUGGAGGCUGCUUCUGGGACAACGGCCACCUGUACCAGGCGGACCAGCUCUCCCCCUCGCCGGGCCUCCACUGCCUCAACUGGCUGGACGCACAGAGCGGCCUGGCAUCUGACCCAGAGUCGGGCCCGGGCAACCACAGCUACUGCCGGAACCCGGACCAGGAUCCGCGCGGGCCCUGGUGCUACGUCAGCGGCGAGGCCGGAGCUCCCGAGAAACGGCUUUGCGAAGACCUGCGCUGCCCAGAGACCAAUUCCCAGGGCCUGCCAACCUUCACAACAGAAACUGAAGAGGCGUCUGAAGUGCCAGGAGGAGAGGAGGUGCAGGUGUUUGCCCCUGCCAACGCCCUGCCCGCCCGGAGCGAGGUGGCAGCUGUGCAGCCAGUGAUUGGGAUCAGCCAGCGGGUGCGGGUGAACUCCAAGGAGAAAAAGGACCUGGGAACCCUGGGCUCUGUGCUGGGCAUUACCAUGAUGGUGAUCAUCAUUGCCAUUGGAGCUGGCAUUGUCCUCGGUUACACCUACAAAAGUAAGUGAGGCCCCACUGAAUGCCCUUCCCUGAGGAUUACUCCCAAGCUUCAUAACCACAUCAAAAGGAUCACUUUUACACCAUUUUACAGCAAGGAGCUGAGACCUAGAGGAGUUAAAUGCCAUGUCUGAGCUACAUGGCCAACAGAGUGUGUCUAAAGGUUGCUAGACUCUCCCAGAAGUCCAGUAAUGCUCGGGAGCUUCCUGCCAGUUUGCUUUGGAUUUGCAAAGGACAGUAGUAAAAACUUUCAAAAAGGUGGGUUUAGAAGUCAAAAGCACCAGGAUCUAGUUCUGGAACUGCCACCAAUUCUGGGUGUGACCCUGGACAAGGUCACAUUUGCCUCCUCUGAUUUCUCAUGUGUAAAAUAGUGUAGGGGCAUGAGGUUAGCUGUGAUCUUCCCAGCUCUGGUGUUUCCUAAAUAGACAGUAUUAACUACUGGCAGAUCCAAGAUCUGCCAUUGGCUUGAAUAAAUGGUUGUCGAACCUCUCUGCAUCUGCCCUCCCUUCUCUGAAACAGAGAUCCUAAUGGAUGCUACAUAUUUGUUGUGAGGAUGAAAUUAGCAUAGUUUGGGCAUACUGUUGGUGUUGAUAACCUUAAGUGCCUGGAGAAGCUGGUCCUGAGCAGCAGCGCAGCACAGCACUGCUUCUGAUUGGGAAAAGAGCAGUGGCUCAGAGUUACACAAUAAUUUGAUGAAACCCCUAUUGCCUGAGGGAACUCUCCAGUGCCUUCUUCAGCCCUGUCAUCCACACCUGCUCUCUCUGGCCAGCCCAGCUCCCAGUCCUGGCCCGGGAGCAGUCAGGGUUAGAAUUAUUGCAAGCAGUGAAUCCAGCCAAAGGCCAUGAAGCAAAUGGCAUGGCGCUUUCCCUGAGCCAGGAGAGGCAGGCAGGUACCUGCUUCCUCUCAGGGGAGGAAGGGCAGCAAGUGAGGGCGGGGUCUUUGUCCUGGUUGUCUAGGCAAGAAGUUUAGGUGGCCAGUUUGCAGCUCCCUGCCUCUGCCCUGCACUGCCUGUGCUGGCUCCGGAGGGAGCAUUUAUUUUCUGAUAAAAAGGCAAGGGAAAAACUGUAAGUCAAUACCACCCCACCCACUUAGGAGAGGAGCUGAGUCAUAAGUCUUUUGUUCUUUCUUGGCUGUCAGACAACAGCCUGGCCGCCUUCCCUCCUUCCCUCUUCCCCCUCCAAGGUGGUGAGAAGGAGCUGAGCAGCCUGAUGGUCAGCGUGGCAGGCCUGGUGGCCUCUCUCAGGCCUCAGAAGGAGGCAGGCAGCCACCAAAUCUCUAAGACUCACAGGCACUAUUAACAGGAAGUAUAUGGGGUUGGAUGUUUUGAGAUUUCUACAUGGAAGAGACCUUCAUCAAGAUGAGUCCAGCACCUGCUUCCUUUAUUUACUCUUGGCUGCUUUUCCAGCCCAGCUCUGCCUCAUUAACUCGAAUUGAUUUCUCCCCCUGCGAAGACUUACGUAGGAUGCAGCCUGAUCAUUAUCAACAGCUCAGCUGACCACAGCUAGAUGCUUGGUGAAGGAGGUGGCUGAGGAAAGCAGGGCUUUGGAGUCAGACUCCAAGGCCUCAGUUUCAUCAUCUAUAAAAUGUGGAUAUUUUCAGUAUUGCAAAGUUGGGUGGAAAUUAAACAAAGAUGGUACGUGUGUAAAGUGCAUGGCAUCCAGUCCGUGCACAGGUAGCUCUUCUCAUGCUGGAUGCUGGGAAGGCCAUUUCCUGGCACCUUAGGAAGUCCUAAGGAAGUAUGAGUUUCCACUUAGAUUUUGAAACUCACGCCUUAGCAGAAGACUCUGGCUUACUCUGCUUCUUUUGAAAAUGGCCUUUUGGUCUGCUGGCUUGGGAGCUCUUUUAGUAAAAUUAAACCCAGGCCUUCCAAGUUUCUCAUUA